CGGGAAGAUGGUGGACUACCUGGCCAACACGGAGAUCAACAGCCAGCGCAUCGCGGAGGUGGAGAACUGCUUCGGGGCCUCGGGGCAGCCGCUGGCGCUGCCCGGCCGCGUGCUGCUGGGCGAGGGCGUGCUGACCAAGGAGUGCCGCAAGAAGGCCAAGCCACGCAUCUUCUUCCUGUUCAGCGACAUCCUGGUCUACGGCAGCAUCGUGCUCAACAAGCGCAAGUACCGCGGCCAGCACAUCAUCCCGCUGGAGGAGGUGACGCUGGAGCCGCUGCCGGAGACCGCGCAGGCCAAGAACCGCUGGCUGAUCCGCACGGCCAAGAAGUCCUUCGUGGUGUCGGCCGCCUCCGCCACCGAGCGCCAGGAGUGGAUCAGCCACAUCGAGGAGUGUGUGCGGCGGCAGCUGCGGGCCACCGGCCGCCCGCCCAGCACGGAGCACGCGGCGCCCUGGAUCCCGGACAAGGCCACGGACAUCUGCAUGCGCUGCACACAGACACGCUUCUCGGCGCUCACGCGGCGCCACCACUGCCGGCAGUGCGGCUUCGUGGUCUGUGCCGAGUGCUCCCGCGCACGCUUCCUGCUGCCGCGCCUGUCGCCCAAGCCCCUGCGCGUCUGCAGCCUCUGCUACCGCGAGCUGGCCGCCCAGAGGCGCACAGAGGAGGAGGAGGGGGGCCCGGGCGCAGGGUCCCCCGCCAGGGCCAGCUGCGGAGCGUCCAGUGGAGACGACGACGACGACUCGGACGAGGACAAGGAGGGCAGUGGGGACGGGGACUGGCCCGGCCACGUGAAGUUCUAUGACUCAGGUGUCUCCUGGUCCUCCUUCCACAGCUGACCCGGCCUGGACACUGAGGCACCGGCUCCGAGUCCCUCUGGAUCCACGAGACCCCACAGCUCAGGCUCCGAAGAGGGCAGAGUUCCCAAAGCUGCCCCAUCCCCCAACAGGACCCCGGCACCUCUUUCCUGGACAGUGGCGUCUUCUGUUUCCAUUGAGCAAACCCAAACACUCAGGCCUCUUGGGACCAAAUGCCGUUUCUCAGCCCUGUGACCUGAAGCUCCCUGAAUUAUGAGUGCAGGCACCUUUAGGGACCAGAGGGGAGACGGGACUGGAGUGAGGUCCUCUCUUCCCCGAGGCCUUGAACCACCACACGUGACCCCAGACAAGGACACUCCCCAGGGGAUAAGGUGGCUCCUGGGAGGCCUACAGGAGACCCAGGCUUGUCCAUCCACCUUGCUGAUGCCCCCACCUAGUCAACUGGGCUUUGUCAGGCCAGGCAUGCGGGCUCACCCAGAGCCCACAAGAGACUGCGUGUGCAGGUGUCCACCAGGCUGGGGGCUGCAGUCCGAGUUGCCCUGGCCCGGGCAGCCUGCCAAGGCCUCUCACCUCAUCUCAUCUCUGCAGGGGUCCAGGGGCUGCUACCUGGCUCAGUGCUCGCCUCUCCCUGGCUGGGGAAGCAUCGCUUUCUGUUGGCCCUGAUUUCAGUAACAGAUCUUCUCCAGGCUGACUUCACAAUAAAAGGAAACUUGUGGACGGUGUGAUUGAGAAGUUCAGGUGUCCUUCAGACCCUGCUCCCUCAGAGGCUGACACCAUGCUGGGACAGAUGCCAACAACUGUCCACCAGGCGAGCGUUCCCGGGGACGCGGGCAGCGUGGUGGGCUCAGA